AAACCCCUGACACUGGCCAGAGCUUCAGGUCUUGGUGCUGAAGAGACAAAAACCCCUAAGGAGGCAAUGGGUGAGCCACCACAGGCUGUGGUCAUGAAGACUUCUGGAGGAUCGGAUGACACCUGUGAGGAGAAAAUCCAGUCUCACCUGCAAUCCCUAAGGAAGGUGUUGGCAGAGUUUCUGGACUGGAAAGUGAGCGAAGAGAAGAGGCUCCAAGACUACCUGGAGAUGAGUGAAGCCGAGCGGUGCCGCAUUGAGGCCGAGUUCGAGCGGCUGCGCCGGCUGCUGGCGGAGCAGGAGCGCACGGUGCUGGGGCGGCUGGCUGAGCUGGACGGCACCUUCGCAGCCACCCACGCCGAAAAGUCACUGCGGGUGGCCGAGGGGGUCACACAGCUCCAGAGGCUCAUCGGCCAGCUGGAGGCCAGGUGCUUGCCCCAGGAUGUUGGGAGCAUCCCAAGCAGUGAAAUGAGGCUCCACCUCCCCUCGGGGCUCCCCAAGGAACUGGAGAUGAGCCUGAGCUCCUGCUGCCGCCAAAGCGAUGCUCUGUGGGAGGCCCUGGAGAAGUUCAGAGACACAGAUCUCCCCACGGGUCUCCCCACAGCAAUGAUGAUGAUGGAGACUGGCACAACUCCUCUCACACAGGCAGAGAGAAAAUGUGUGCGGUGGGAUGAGGAGGAGGAGCAGGACGGGGCCAGAGAGCCCUGCCAGAUUUUAAGGUAUUUCUUGGUUCCGCCGGGCCAGGGAGGAGGGAGCAGGCGAGCGAGGGGCAGCGGUAACACGGGUUCCGCUUCUCGGGUGCAGAGUGGCGGACUUGUCCCUAAACUCUGCGGCCUUGACUGCGAGCAGCAUGUCCCGCUCCCCCCGCCGCUGGAAGCGGCUGUCCCGGCUCUGGCUGGCGUCACUCGGCCGGCCCCCAAACCCCACACGAUAAGCAGCGCGAUAAGCGGCGACUCCCGCGGCCCGCGCCCGUCAGCAGCCAUCCCCCGCUGCGGCUCUUUAAUUCUGUUUAUUUUAUUCUGCUCCAUACGUUCUGUUCACAUCUCGCCCCCCUUUCGGUGCAGCCCUUUUGGCGACACCUGUCGGAGGCGACAGUCACCCCCGGCGCGGCUCCCGGCGGCCCGGGCCACCCUCGGCUCCGCCCGUCUGUCGUCGCCCGCCCGUACCGCGGUGCGGUCUAUGGGGCGUGGGCAGCGACCAGAGCGGCCGCACCGCGCCCCCGCUCCGUGCGGCUCUGCUAGCGCCGUCUCGCCCUCGGGACAGCUUUUCGGCCGAAGGGGCAAGAAUCCGCCUUGCAAACAGCUCGUCCCUCCUAGCCCCAGCUGCCGCUGCCUGCGUUCCCUUCCGUCCGUAAAUCCCCGCUGGCGCCGGCCUGGGGGGCAGCACCACGGCUGGGGCGGUGGGAAUGCCGGGCCCGCCCGGGGUAGCAUUUCCCGGGGGGUUCCGGACGGCGACACCCGCGUCCCGCCCCGCCGCCGCUCCCAGGAAUGCCGGGGCCAGGCCACUUGCGCUCCUGGCGGCGCUGCCCGUGGGGGUGCCCGCUGUGCCGGGGGCCGUGCCCGCCCGCCGGCCCCGCCCCAGCCGGUAGCGGCCAGCGUGGUGCCGCCCGGCAGGAGCCGGCCCGCCGCCGGAGCUAUGCCACAGGCACCCGCAGCCCUCGCUCUGUUCUGUCCCCGCGGUGGAGUGCUCGUCCGCGCCGCCCGGCCGAGCAUCGCGCCGACCCUGCCGUGCCGCUCCAAGAGGCCGCUCGCUGGGCCAAACUGCUUCAUUCCCCCUCCAGCAUCCUACUCCUUCUCCUUCAUCCCCCAGACUGGAGUCAGUGCUGAGACGCAGAGGCUGCAGGCGAUGCUGAAAGGGCUUUGCCGGGUGCCAAGUCUCAGGAAUCACAGUUUCUUUCCUGGUUCCAUUGCCUGUGCUGGAGGUUGGAGGAACAGCAACGUGGUGAAGCUGCUGAGAUGUCAUGGAUCCAGCAAUGCCAUGCAGAGCUCCAGGCCAAGAGCCAGCAACCCGAUGAUGACCUGCUACGAAUAUCUUGGAGUGCUCUCUGGAAGAAGACUCAGAGGGAUAUCAGAGAGCCAUGACCCUGGAUCCGACCACAGCUCACCCGCAAAUCCCGGUGUGAUCGGAUGGCCGGACUGCAGGCUGCCGGGGUCGCCCCCAGCUCCUCUGCCUUCAGGAGUGGAGCGUUUUGAGUCUCUCCGCUGUGUCCUGGGUUGGCAGGGCUUUGGGGGGGGCCAGCAUUGCUGGCUGUGAAGGUUCACCCCGGUCCCGACUGGGCACUGGGGGUGGCUCGGGAAUUUGUGUCCCAUAAGGCUGCUUCGGUCUCUGCCCCAAACGUGAGGUUUGGGCUGUGGGGCAGUGGCUGGGCAGCUGCAAGCUCUCAGCUGGGCCAGCCCCGCGUCUCUGCCCCACAACCACACUCUCUGACGCAUAGAGGCGGCUCUGGAUUACACUGGCGGGCGAGUGGCUUUCUGUGAUGCUCAUAGCCAGACUGACAUCUUUGCCUUUCCCACAGCCACUUGUGCAGGUGAACGACUGCAGCCACUGCUCUGGCUGGGCAAGGGGCAGCUCUGCUCACCCUCUGUCCCUGAGUUCCCCAAAAAUCCACUAUGAACCUCCCAGGUGCAGACACUUCCAUCACCCCAACAAACACUCCACUCUACAAUAAACAGCUCCACUCCUCCCACCAGCCCCAUUUGAUUUUCCCUAUAACAUCUAAUUUAACAAUCACAUUUCACUCUUUUGCUUCUCAGUGGGAGAACAGAGGUAUUUUUAAUUUCUCAGCUGUUUGUCAGUGGAAGCAUGGACCAGAAAAACAGGGAGAACAUCCUUAAAAGAUUUUUAAAAACUCACCUUGAGGAAGAAAAUAGGCUUUUCUGCUUCUGCUAGAUGUCUCAUAAUAAAGUUUUGCAAGUGGAAACUUUUCUGCUUAGGAUUUGUAGAGAAUUUAGGGGAAGUGGGCUAAAACCAGGUUUCAUGUCUCCCAGGAUCACUCAGGCUGGGGCCUUUUCAGGGUUUUGUACUCACUGCCAGGAUGUAAGCAGGGAGAGAGGCCACAAGACAGCAUUUGGUCCCCCAUUUCACUGCCUACAAGUGAAUACAAGAAAAAGACUAAAUGAACCGGUAUCUUGAAGCAGCAGAUAGUUGUUACUAGGGUUGAACUAUGUAAUAAAGUGUUGUUACCAGUAGGCAUGGGCUAGUAGGACUACUACUAGUAGGACUGGGCAGGUCUCUGCCUCUUGCAGUUCCAGUCACUCCUUUGCUGCCAGACUUGCCUCUCCAUCCACAUGCAUUUUUCACAUUGGUCUGAGGAAGAGGAGGAACUACCAGAAAAGGCAGCAACUUUUCUCUUCAGGACCCUAAUUUUAGACAAGGGCCCUGACAAACACAGGUCAGAGCUAAAUCCACAUUACAGCCCUGCUCAUUUGUAUAAUGAGUUGUUUCUGUGUUUGGCUCAUGUUGAGGUUGGUCUUUCCUUGAAAGACAAGAUCCGGUGAUGUGUAAAGCAAAGCACUUUGUAGCACCUUGCUCCAUCCAACAUGUGAGCUUCCAACACUCCAUCCACUUUUCAUCUGAAAAGCUUUAUGGGUGUUUCAUUUGAAAGUCCAUACAAAGAAUAAGCAACAAAAACCCCUCCCUUUUUGUGUAAUUCAAUAGCCCCACAGCUGGCUCUCCAUCAUUGGGGUGAGGAGGAAAUCAGCCUCUUUUUGCUCAAGGGCAGCUCAACAGCAUCCUAUCAGCCGCUGUGAGGGCAGAUGUUUGGGCGUGGAGGGUGCACAGCCCCCACUUCUUGAGCAGAGCCAGCAGAUGCACCUUGCAGCUCUCCCACAGGGGCCUGUGGACCCUGAAAUUCUCCUGGGUGACAGGUACACCUCAUACCAGCCCAUGAAAGAGGCUUGGGGGAGGAGGCUGAAGGGGGUUUUUUCCACAAGAGUCAAAGAUUUUUCCACAAAGCUGGAGUUCAGGGUGCAUUUUGUGGGAGUUUGCAG